UGUUUGGAAAGAACAGGAUGCUGAUCUAGACGUGGAAAAAAGUCAGUCCUACCGGUGGUUUAGAAGACAUGUGGUGUAUAUAAAGUUUGUGAUAGUUGGUGGAAAUUUGGGUUGUGCUCUAGCACGAUAUUGCUCAUACAUCACAUUUUGGGGUGACUAAAGAAAAGAACCAAGAGCUGACGGGCUGUCCUUGGGCAGGAAUUUGGAUAAUGGGCUGUGUGCAAUGUAAGGAUAAAGAAGCAGCGAAACUGACAGAGGAGAGGGACGGCAGCCUGAACCAGAGCUCCGGGUACCGCUAUGGCACAGACCCCACCCCUCAGCACUACCCCAGCUUCGGCGUGACCUCCAUCCCAAACUACAACAACUUCCAUGCAGCUGGGGGCCAGGGACUCACCGUCUUUGGGGGAGUGAACUCUUCCUCUCACACUGGGACCCUGCGGACGAGGGGAGGGACAGGAGUGACACUAUUUGUGGCCCUUUAUGACUAUGAAGCACGAACAGAAGAUGACCUGAGUUUUCACAAAGGAGAAAAAUUUCAAAUUUUGAACAGUUCGGAAGGAGACUGGUGGGAAGCCCGCUCCUUGACAACGGGGGAAACUGGUUACAUUCCGAGCAAUUAUGUGGCUCCAGUUGACUCUAUCCAGGCAGAAGAGUGGUACUUUGGAAAACUUGGCCGAAAAGAUGCCGAGAGACAGCUCCUGUCCUUUGGAAACCCAAGAGGUACCUUUCUUAUCCGCGAGAGUGAAACCACCAAAGGUGCCUACUCACUUUCCAUCCGUGAUUGGGAUGAUAUGAAAGGAGACCAUGUCAAGCAUUAUAAAAUUCGCAAACUUGACAAUGGAGGAUACUACAUCACAACCCGGGCCCAGUUUGAAACUCUCCAGCAGCUCGUGCAACAUUACUCAGAGAGAGCCGCAGGUCUCUGCUGCCGCCUAGUAGUCCCCUGUCACAAAGGGAUGCCAAGGCUUACCGAUCUGUCUGUCAAAACCAAAGAUGUCUGGGAAAUCCCUCGAGAAUCCCUACAGUUGAUCAAGAGACUGGGAAAUGGGCAGUUUGGGGAAGUAUGGAUGGGUACCUGGAAUGGAAACACAAAAGUAGCCAUAAAGACUCUUAAGCCAGGCACAAUGUCUCCAGAGUCCUUCCUGGAGGAAGCACAGAUCAUGAAGAAGCUGAAGCAUGACAAACUGGUGCAGCUCUACGCCGUGGUGUCUGAGGAGCCCAUAUACAUCGUCACGGAGUACAUGAAUAAAGGAAGUUUGCUUGAUUUCUUAAAAGAUGGUGAAGGGAGAGCUCUGAAAUUGCCAAACCUUGUCGACAUGGCAGCACAGGUUGCUGCAGGAAUGGCUUAUAUCGAGCGCAUGAAUUAUAUCCACAGAGAUCUGCGGUCAGCAAACAUCCUAGUGGGGAAUGGACUAAUUUGCAAGAUUGCUGACUUUGGAUUGGCUCGGUUGAUUGAAGACAACGAGUACACAGCAAGACAAGGUGCAAAGUUUCCCAUUAAGUGGACAGCCCCUGAAGCAGCCCUCUAUGGAAGGUUCACAAUCAAGUCUGAUGUGUGGUCUUUUGGAAUCUUACUCACAGAGCUGGUCACCAAAGGAAGAGUGCCCUACCCAGGCAUGAACAACCGGGAGGUGCUGGAGCAGGUGGAGAGAGGCUACAGGAUGCCCUGCCCACAGGACUGCCCCAUCUCCCUGCACGAGCUCAUGAUCCACUGCUGGAAAAAGGAUCCGGAAGAGCGCCCCACUUUCGAGUACUUGCAGGGCUUCCUGGAGGACUACUUUACCGCCACAGAGCCCCAGUACCAGCCCGGUGAAAACCUGUGAGAGCCUGCUCUUCAGAGACCUCUUCUGAGGCCUCCCCACCCCUCCCCAUUAGCUUCCAGUUCCGUAGCCAGCUGCCCUGAGCAGCAGAACCGUCCAGGAUCAGAUUGCAUGUGACUCUGAAGCCGGCGAACUUCCACGGCCCUCAUUAAUGACAUUUGCCCCCCAGUCCGAACCUCCUCUGUGAAAGCAUCCAGACAGAACCGUGUUAUUUCUCAGACUUUGGAAAUGCAUUGUAUCGAUGUUAUGUCAAAGGCCAACCUCUGUUCAGUGUAAAUAUCUGCUCCCGUGCCAACAAUCCUAGUACUUUCCUUUUUUAAAAAAAAAACAAAAUGCAAAUCCUAUGUGAUUUUAACUCUGUCUUCACCUGAUUCAACUAAAAAAAAAAAGUAUUAUUUUCCAAAAGUGGCCUCUUUGUCUAAAACAAUAAAAUUUUUUUUCAUGUUUUAACAAAAACUGAUCAGGACAGGUGUUUGUUUUUUUUCUUUUUUAUACAUAUGAAUAUAUACGUAAAAUGUUCCUGUAUAUACACCAUGUGGGUGCUACCAUGGAGACUGUGGCCAGCAAAGGCCACAUAGUUACAGGGCCCAGAGUGAGGAUCACUGGGGAAACCUGCAUCUAAGCACUGGUGUUAUUUUGAAAGCCGGUGGCCUCCGUUUUUUACUUCUACAAAGCAUGAUUUUCCCCCCUUCAUUUGGAUUGCACUUUUUCAGUUCCAGUCAUACCUGUAGAUUGUUGUUCAUGUGACUUUUCAGGUCCCUGAGCUGAGUUCACGCAUUUUAGUGCCCGUUUCGCUCCAGCGUACUGUGAUCUGUUCUUGCGACUUGAGAGUGAGCACACUUAAGCAAGCAGCCAUCCAGUCCUACCCUGAGGGCUGCAAGACGGAGACCGCAUAGACUUGCUGUAUAGAUAUGAAUGCUGACUUGUUUUAAAUGUUCUUCUUUUAUUUAAUAAAUCUUGUAACCACA